CAUGAAUAAUAACCGCAAUGUUUACACCUUUGAGGAUUAUAAGUGCACGCCGGACCCCGUGUUCGCGGUGGAGAGGGAGUGCCUCGAGCCCUGUCCGGCGCCGGUAGUGGUGGAUAACGGCUCGUUCCAGUGCCGCGCGGGCUGGGCGAGCGUGGGUCCAGCGCGGUGCGAUUCGCCGCGGCUCGUAUUCAGGGCGGCAGCGGCACGCGUCAGAGGAGCCGCGCGCAGUGACGCGCACGUGGGGAACGACAUCGCGAGCGUCGAGCCGCUGCGCUGGAGCCUCAAGAGCGCGUUUGACCGCGACGCGGUGGUGAACUUCGACAUUCAGGAGCUCAUCUUCGAUUACAUCUUCAUGCACCUCGGAAUAAACACACAGGGCCGCGUGGAUCACCCGGUGGUGGUGACGGAGCCGGCCUGUAACCCGCUGCACUGCAGACAGAUGAUGUCCGAGCUGCUGUUCGAGGGCUACGGCGUGCCGCGGGUGGCGUACGGCGUGGACAGCCUCUUCAGCCUCUACUGGAACAGUGACGCAGCGCCCUCCACAGGCCUGGUGCUGUCCUCCGGGCAUCACUGCUCUCACGUGCUGCCCGUCAUCAACGGCAGGCUGGACUCUGUGAACUGCAAGCGUGUGAAUCUGGGGGGAGGUCAGGCCGCCUCGUAUCUCCAGAGACUCCUGCAGCUGAAAUACCCCGCGAACCAGCCCUCGCUCACCCUGAGCCGCAUGGAGGAGCUCCUGCACCGGCACAGCUACAUCGCCCCGGACUACCAGCAGGAGCUGGAUAACUGGCGCAGUCCUGUGUUCUACGAGCGGGAGGUCCACCGCGUGCAGCUGCCGUUCUCCGGGAGGACAGCGGGUGUGUGUGUGAGCGCGGAGGAGAGGAACGAGAGGAGAGCUCAACAGCUCCGGCGACUGCAAGAGAUCAACAGCCGUCGCAGAGAAGAGAAGCUGCAGGAGGACCAGAAGCGGCUGGAGACACUGCUGUCGGUGCAGGAGCUGCUGGAGGACGGCUCGCUGGAGCUGUUUCACAGGAGUCUGGUGGAGCUCAACAUGGACUCGGCCGAGGAGCUUCAGUCCUACAUCCAGAAGCUCAGCAUGAGUGUGGAGCAGCACCGGCUCGUCAAGCCCGAGAUGCUGAGUCCGACGGCAGAGGUGGAGCCGGACGAGAUCGAGACCGACCUAAACGAGGAGAGCGAGGAGCCCAGCAAAACUACCAGUGCCAACCAGCCGCUGUUCAACAUGGCGGAGUAUCAUCAGCUGUUCGUGGGCACGGAGCGGCUGCGCGUCCCGGAGAUCCUGUUCCAGCCGGCGCUGGUCGGAGAGGAGCAGAUGGGCCUGAUGGAGACGCUGCAGUUCGUCCUGGAACAGUACCCUCCGGAACAGCAGGAGGCGCUGGUGAAGAAUGUGUUUCUGACUGGAGGAAACCUGCAGUAUCCUGGACUGAAAGAAAGAGUGCAGAGAGAGCUGCUCGCCAUCAGACCCUUCCAGUCACACUUUCAGGUGUGUGUGGCGAGCCGGCCGGCUCUGGACGCCUGGUUCGGGGCUCGUGAAUGGGCCCUCAGGAACCCUGCGGAAGACCAGGGCUGGAUCAGCCGGCAGGACUAUGAGGAGAACGGGGGGGAAUAUCUGAGAGAACACUGUGCUUCAAACACCUUCAUACCCAUGAAACUCAAUAAACCCACAUCAGCCGCUAAACACACACUCAUGGGGAAACCGGCGACGGACACGAGCCUUCCGGACACCAUCAGCAACGACACCGACAUCUCCCUGUCUUAGAGACGCG